AUGAGCUACAAAACUGAUAAUGUUAUUGUAGGAUCGUACGUGAUUGUAACAUAUGGGGAUAAGUUAUACCCAGGAAUCGUUGAAAAAAUUGACCAUGACGAAUAUGAAGUUAACGCUAUGUGCCAAGUUGAGGGCAAUAAAGGUCACUUUAGGUGGCCUUAUAGGGAAGAUAAAAUUUGGUACAACAAAGAGUGUGUACUUGAAGCAAUUCCACCCUUGGUGUUUAUUAGGAGAGGUGUGUUUGACUGCCCAGCUAUAAGAAAGUAUCUGUGA